AUGGGGAAGGCAAGAGAAGCAAGAGAGAAGCAGCAGAAAGACUCUGGCAAGGGGGCCCUCUGUGCAGAUUCUGGAUGUGACUCUGGAUGCUGCGGAUGGUGCUGGUCCUGGUUUUUACCCGUCCUCGCCCAAAUCGAAAGAUGGAUGACCUUUCAUGGAUACGGGCAAUAUUCUACAUGGCCCAUCAUCUAUGCUGCCUCCGCCUGUCUCUCACGGACCGAGCCUGGGUCGGCGACAACUCUCCACAUCCAAGGCGAAAUCAGCAGCAAAUCUGGAUCUCUUGGCGUAUUCAAGGGUUGA